AUGGCUUCGAAGCUCGCCUCCUCCUCCCCCUCUUCUUCUUCCAAAUACCAGCAUGCCUUUCUCUACGCCUUAAUCUUCUCUUUAUUCCUGGUACUCCUCGUUUCAUCUUUCAGACUCAAUGUUAUCAACUCCAACUUCGUAAAUUUCGUCGUUGUUCGUCGGCAGCAGCAGCAGCAGCAGCAACCGGUCAAGAAUCACAACGAUAACGCCGUUAACGUGAUCAAGGCCGUCUUCAAGAAAUUGGGUAGAAGGAAGAUGAAGAUCGGGUUGGUCAACGUAGACCACGACCACACACAGCUAAUGAAUGGAUUAGAAGGUAUAGACCCGGUUCCUGUGAGAUUCGAUAGAGUUGCUGCUGAUCGGAAGUGGGAGGAUUUUUUCCCCGAUUGGAUAGACGAAGACGAGAGAUGGGGCCGCCCAAAGUGUCCGGAAAUCCCCAUGCCGAAGUUUGAGGAUUACAAGGGCAUCGAUGUGAUACUGGCCAAGGUCCCAUGUGGGACUAAUAUUGGGAGUGGUAAGAAGGAAGGGGUUAGGGAUGUGUUUAGGUUACAAGUGAAUUUGGUGGUGGCCAAUAUGGCGGUGAGGAUAGGGUGGAUGGACCCUGAUUAUGGUGCUCCUCAUCGGACGGUGUACGUUGUGUUCAUCGGAUCUUGUGGGCCCAUGGUGGAGAUUUUCAGAUGUGAUGACUUAGUGAUGCGUCAAGGGAAUUAUAGGGUUUAUAAGCCUGAGAUUGGGAGGCUGAAGCAGAAGGUGCUUAUGCCUUUUGGGUCGUGUGAACUUGCCUCUGGUUAUGCACGAGCAGAAGCUUGGAGACCAAAGUACAAAUACCUACCGAGACAUGCCUAUGUAACAGUCUUACACUCCUCAGAAGCCUACGUUUGUGGUGCAAUAGCUUUGGCUCAAAGCAUCAUACAAACCAACUCCACCAAAGACCUAGUCCUCCUCGCUGACGAUUCCAUCACUCCCACAUCCAUCGCCGGCCUACAAGCCGCCGGAUGGGAUGUCAGGCGAAUCCAACGAAUCCGAAGCGUCUUUUCCCAAAAGGGUUCAUACAAUGAGUGGAACUACAGCAAACUACGUGUAUGGCAACUAACUGAAUACUCCAAAGUCAUUUUCAUCGAUGCAGACCUUCUAGUCCUAGAAAACAUGGACAUCUUCUUCACAUACCCACAAUUAUCUGCUGCGGCGAACCACAAGCACUUAUUUAACUCCGGCUUGAUGGUUUUGGAACCAUCUCAAUGCAUGUUUGAAUACCUAAUGCGAAAAAGCUUCAAAAUCGAGCCUUACAAUGGUGGUGAUCAGGGAUUCCUCAACGAAAUCUUUACUUGGUGGCAUAGAAUCCCUUGGUGGCUAAAUGCAUUGAAAACUUUCGAGGGAAAGAGUAUCGAAAAACACGUGAUGGCCGAUGACCUUUAUGCGGUACAUUAUUUAGGGCUGAAGCCCUGGAUGUGUUACAGAGAUUAUGAUUGUAACUGGGAUGUAGACAGUCAUCAAGUUUUCGCGAGUGACUCAGCUCACCGGAGAUGGUGGCAAAUUUAUGAUGCCAUGCCUAAGGAGCUGCAACCUUAUUGUGGUUUGACACAGAAGAUGGAGAAGAGUUUGAAGACGUGGAGAGAUAGAGCAGCUAAUGCUAGAUUCGUUGAUGGUCACUGGAAAAUUGAGAUUAAAGACCCUAGACAGCACCAUUAG